GUGUUUGGGUCUUUUCUUGGUGAAAAUUUUCUCUCACUUUAAACAUUAGCUUCAAGUGAAAGAACCAGAUCUCCACCAUUGACUCUGGUCUUAGUUGAUUUUAGCAAGACAUUUCUACUGAAUGAGGCUGAGGGGAAAUGAGAUUUUGCAAGUUAAACUGCAAAAUUCAACUUAUGCCAUUCGAUAGACUGAAGUUUGGGCAGCAAAUGUGAAAGGCAGAUUUUUGGCAGAAAGAGUGAGUUGAGGGGGAGAAGAAGUUGACAAUUUUAAUAAAGAUUGAACAGGCAGGGAAUGGAUAGCGGCACACCAGCGGAAGGACAUGAGUGUGAUAACCAGGGUUCAUGGAUUCCAGCAACCCCUUUCCGGCCCAUUCAGCCGAAAUCUCCGGCUGGUUAUGUAAACCAGCAGGAGCAAGAAAAAUGGUUGGGGUCAGAUUGCUAUACUUGUGGUUGUAUUCAGGGACCUCAAGCAUAUAAGGAUGAUGCAGAUAUUAAUAAAUGUGUUCAUACCUGGAACACGACUUCAGCUGCGGGCAUCUUGGGUAACCACAACAACGCUGAAGCAUGCAGAAAGUUUCCGUUGGACGCUAUGGAUGGAUGGAAAAAUGUGCCCUGUACAGAUCUUUUAGCUCUUGCGAAUGCAGCCUCAGUGUAUAGCAGCUUGGCAGUGGGGGAUAGUGGCAAUUCUAAUCGAGAAAUGUCCAAGUAUGAACUUUCAAUUCCUCGCCAGCAUUCCUAUGAUCUAAAUUUCUGUCCGGGAACAAUGCCAAAUGCAAUCUCCGGAAGGGCAGUCUCCGAGUUUACUCCCAUUACACCAGACAAAGCCAAGAGAGGGAAUAGCAACCAGGUUUCUCAAUUACAAAACUCACCUACAGAUGACAGAACAAACCCAGAAAGAGAUGCACAGAAUAAUGAAGUUGCUGCUGAAAGAGAACCCAACAGUAUCUGGUGCAAUAAAGAACUCUUCCAGCCUCAUACAGAUACAUCAGUUGCAGCUGCUUCCACACAGUUACAGGAGAAUCACAACCCUGACAAGCAAGAAAGUCAUGGUAUUGACCUGAACAAAACACCCCAGCUUAAACCGAGGAGGAAAAAGCACAGGCCAAAGGUGGCCAAAGAAGACAAACUUAAAACUCCAAAAUCAGCAAUCAGAAAGCCUGCUGGUUCUGGUAAGCGGAAGUAUGAGCGAAAGAAGGGAACGAACAAAGAUCCAACAUGCUCCCCAUCACAGGCAGCUGGAGAAUUUAUUGAUCCAAAGACACUAGAGCCUUCCAAGGAAUCAUGCAGAAAGACCUUAAACUUUGACAAUGAAGGGCAAACUAGAGAGGAAAACUCUACUUGCAAGUCCUCUGAUUUAGUUUCAGAAUCGGGGACAAAGGACAUCCUUGAAAGAGGAAUUCAAUCAAAAUCAUCCUUACAGCUCGAUGAAGGCUCUGAAGUGACAACUCUAAAGCCAGUGACACCAAAGCCUGCUGGGUCUAAAACAAAUCCAAAAGUUAAGAGGAAGUAUGUGCGGAGAAAGGGACUUAACAAAGACUCAACAUCUUCUCCAGAUGAAGCAGUAGCGGGAAACUACAUUGAUCCAAAACCACCUGAACCUACCAAUGAAUCAUGUAGAAUUUCUGAUGCAGGACAGUCUAGAGAUGAACACUCCAAGUCAAUUUGUUUCGGUUCAGUUUCAGAGUCACUGGGAAAUGAAUUCGGUAAAUCAGAAUUGAUCGUGGACCUCAGCAAAUGGAUUGAAGUGAUGACUCCAACGCCAGCUGAUUCUAAAAAAAAGCCAAGAGUUAAGAGGAAGUAUGUGAGAAAGCAGGGACUCAGCAAAGACUCAACUGUUUCCCCAACAGAAGUACCACUAGAAAACAAGGAUCUAAGAGUACUUGAGCCUACCAAGAAGUCAUGUAGAAGGACCUUAAAAUUUGACAUAGAAGGGCAACAUAGAGAUGAAAAGUCUACAUGCAGGUCCGGUUUUGAUUUAGAUGGAGCAUCACAGGCAAGUGACUUCUAUAGAAGAGGAAUUCAGUCAGAAUCAACUGUACAACUCAAUGAAGGAAUUGAAUUGGCCAUAGAAAAUACACAAGUCGGCAUUGCCUAUGAUCUCAGCCGUUCAGUGAAUCAAAAUCUAAAAGAUUACACGUCAUUGCCUGAAGGACAGUUUCAGAAAGGAUGA